UCAUGACAGAUUGACAACAAAAGAAAACCCUUUCAAAACCAAUGUCUCUUACUUUUGUGGAAUAUUACGUAUUAAUUUCUGUAUCAUGCAAUGUUUUAGUUACAAGCUGAAGUAAAAGUCAUCCAAGAGGCGACUGGAACACCAUGGCCCGUGUCCCUCAUAUUUUAGUUGAGGACGAAGACUUACUAACUCCAAGGGAACAACAAGAGGAACAAAAAUGGAGCGACUUCUUCCAAAAAAAGAAAGCAGAAAUACAAAGGAGAGAUUUAUCAUCCAGAGAGCGGAGAUCAAAGUCAGCCAGAAAAAUGAAGGAACUUAACCAAAGAUGGCGGAAUCUGGAGUCAAGAAGAAUUGAGAGAUCGAACACAGAACUAGAGCGACUUAGAUCUACCUUAUCUGCAGCUCAGCUGUCUAAUGGCGGACAAUCAACGGACGAUAACUCUUAGCACUGUUAUCAGAGAUCUAUUGUUAUGUUCCACAACGAGACCAAAAACUGAGAUUUCAA